GCACCCCAGACAGCCUCAGCUGCUCAUGUCCACCCAGCCCCCUCUAAGCCUAUUCAGUGGGAGAGAAUGAUUGGACCCAGGGGCCCAGCAGGGAUAUCCCCCCAGUAAGCCCCACAACACUCUUCCCUCCUUUCUAAUACCCUGACCACCUCAAGGCCUCACUGUAGCUGCUAUUUCUCUCAUCCCCUGCUCACCAUGAAGCAGCCCAAGGGGCCCAGAAACUCAGUGUUCUAUGGGUGGUGCGCCAAGGAAAAGGUGCCACCAACUUCAUGGAAGGAGGUGAAGCAGGCCCCUGUGAUUAUGGCCCUGCUCUCAGGUCCAGGGCCAGCUAAGUACCUUCGGUCAUCCUGCACCGGCUUCGUGGACCAUGAUGUGACCAUGUUCCAGGGCCCUGCCUAUAGCCUGUACCACAGGCACUCGGAGAAACGAGUCAUGGAUAUGUGCAGCCCUGGGCCUUGCCAUUUCGUGGACCCUAAAGUAACUCGCUUUGGCGUGUCCAGCUGCCCACAGGUGCCCAUGAUGGAGCGCAUCGUCAACCUGCGCAUAAACCCCACCCCAGCCUCCAGCUUCUACAAUGUGGAGAAGAUCCACCCUCCAGAGGAACGCAGGGCUCCCGAAUUCUCAUUUGGUCGCAGGUGCCCUUACAGAGUGGGCGACCCCAACCCCAGCUCCAACCACUACCAGCUUCCUGUGUUGCUGGGACCGCAAAACCCCGUGUCCCGAGCAGCCCCUGUCUACAGCCUGGCCUCCAGGGACAAGAAUUGGUUCUAUCUGGAGGACAUGGCAGGGGGCCCGGGCCCGGCGGAGCACUCGAGGCCUGAGCCGGCUGUGUACCAGCCCCGCAGCCCGGCCUACAGCAUGGCCUCACGCGGCACCUACCCGAUGGACCGCACACCCAGGCCGGGGCCUGGUGCCUACGAGCCCCAGCAGGUCACGGUGCACAAACCCCGUGCACCCGCCUUCAGCAUGGGCGUGCGGCACUCGGCCCACCUCACACCGCUUGUAGUGGACAUCCCGGACUGACCCACCCUCCCCACAGAGGUUAUUUUUCUACCCCAUCGGCUUCCCAUUGGGGCUUCCACAGCCCCAAGAUAAAUAUUUUCCUGUA